AUGGCCGAGCUCGCCUGUACCGCCAUUGGCGUUCUCUCGUUCGCCUUAGAAGUAUGUCAGGGGAUCGUCUCCUACAAACAGGCAUGGGCGGACUGCGACGACGAUAUGCAAAAUGCACGGAACAAGGCCGAAGUUCUGUGCAUGAUGCUCAAGACACUACGAGAAACGAUAGAGGAACUACAACAGACAAACCCACGAAUUGCAGCCGACCUCGAGCAAAAGGCUUUGAGCAUGCGCACUUCGAUUGAAAAACUUGUGAAGAUCGUGGACCGAUUCAAACCUGCGCCGUUUGAGGCUUUUCCCGCCAAAGUGCGCGCCCAGGUCAGAAAGGGAUUGUAUCCGUUCUACAAAGAUGCUGUGAAAGAUGCACACGUACAGCUAGAUCAGAUUCAAACGAUUUUGCAAACAUCAUUGCUGAUAUAUAAUUGGCAAGAUACAAGAGCAGCGCGAGUCAUGCAAAUCUCCAUUUAUGAAGAGAUGCGGAGUAUGCAUUCUACACUGAAGAAUACUAUAUCGUCUACAGGCAUGCCGCCGCCGAGUCUACUGCAAGUUGUGUGUGAUCGCCAGCGCGAAGAAGUUCCGAUAAUGCUGAUGCAGAAGAGAUCAUCGAGAGAUGAGUAUGGUCUAUACCAGAAUCUCGAAUAG